AUGGACAUAUCCACUCGAAUGGACCUCUUUCAGAGAGCUCUCUACCAAAGUCGCGGUCUUUUCCCAGGACCAGGCUUCUACACUGGCCUGGAGUUCUAUUCACAUGAGGAACGAGCAAACACUCCUACCCUCGAGGCAACUGUUGCUGAAUCUGCUACCCAUCGAAUCGAUCCUCUGACUCCCCUGCGACCCACCGUUGGACUCUAUCCCUAUCCAAAGUUCGACGAUGCGUCCGCCACUCGAGCGCAAUUAAUGGGUGGGCGCCCUUCACUACCUGUCUCGCAAUCUCGUCUGCCUGUGGGACUGUCUUCUCGUCCAGAUUAUCAAGGUGUGCCUGCUUCUCAACUGAUACAUGGACCGUCGCCUCUGUCUGCUACUCCAUCUGCACCAGAACACCAGCCUGGGGCAAAAUUCGAGCCUUUUGUUCUGUGUUCAACUCAAGGAAGUCUCGAUCAGUCUGCUGUUCCUUCGAGCGUCCGCUCCUCAUCACCAGUGGAGCACAAACACUUGGGCAUAAACACUAACAAGAACUUGGUAAAGACUGAGCCAGAACCUGCAGAUGAUCAAACCACCCCUCAUGGCGAUCAAACAUACUGGAGUCUGGAAAACCUGCCUGAAGUUCUUUACGUUCUCCGACCCAAAACCGACUACCGCAAAUCGAGACACCGUGUUUAUAAAACAACUAGUGCAAUUACCGGAAAGCAGAUUAAUGACUUUGCCGUACUCCCGAGCCAAAUCUCGUCCAACGUCGAAGGAUGGAGACUCGAGGCCUGGAUGCGUUUGGAUCGUCGCAUCACUCAGCAGGAUAUCAUCGACCGUGUCAAUCCCAAGUACAAGUUGACCGCAGAGGAGAUUGAGUCUCGCAGAGAGGACUUUCGCAGCGCCUUCCAUGUGGCUAAUUGGAAUGUACAAAAGUCCGUCUGGGAUAUCGAUCGCAUGCUCAAGGCUAUUGGAGUCGAUAUCCAGAAGAAUUCCACCAGGGGACUGACGCCUGGUUUGAUCGAUCCAUCAAAGGGCGAAGCCGGCGGACGCAUCCCUCUACCAGGAGAAAACAUUAUUCAUAUGAAGCAGGCAAGGAUGAAUAUAGAACCCACUUCCAGAUGCUCCGGUGAGAUGGGCGAGGGUUGCCGUCUUGGCCCACUUCACACUUCGCAAGCCGAUUUAAGAAUGGAACCGAGCAGCCGCGAGAUCGAAGCAGAGCAGAGUAUAUCGCAACAAGGCUUUGCAAUGGAUACCAAUGCGAGAGCCACUUCAUCGUCGCAGAAUAAAACGGUUGACUCCACGCAUGCCGACUUCGAAUACCCCGAUGUGGAUAGCUUGACCCAUUGCACCGAGCCUUCCACCCAACCCUUCCACGAUGAAGACGAUACUGUUGGUCGCAAAAUGAGUUUGCAGAGAUUUUUGAAAAAGAACAACAUGUCGUAUGAGGAUUGGCUUCUCCGCGAUUACGAUGCUGUUGACAGAGAUACCCUGAAGCGUGGACGCAAUAAGGAUUUGGAGUCUCAAGAUCCCGCAAACAUAACCGCCAGCUCGAAGCGCAGACGUGUUCACAGUCCGGAAAUUGAGACGUCCCUGACCACGGACAACAACCGGAAGCGCAGACGUGGUGAGGACGUAAAUGUCGACGAGUCGGCGGCUGGCAGCGAUGCUAGCACAAAGCGCAGGAGUAUAGAAAGGUCGAACACUGGCAAGUCCGCCAAAAAAUCUAGUGAUGAUUUUUGGGCUACCGUCUUGAAGGGCUGA